ACGAUGCCAGGGCAGGGGAGGGAAGGUCUGAGGCUCUUGCCAAAGAUGUGGAGGAGGCCAGGGACCCUGUGCCCAGGAGCAGUGGGGGGGCCUAGGGCCCAAGAAAAGAGUGGAGGUGUCAGCCCUACCCAAGGACAAGCCCAGAAACUCAGGCAGGAACUUCAGUUCUCUUCCCGUUCCUGAACGUCCGAGGACUCUGACCCCCAGAGCCAGCCAGGAAGCAGUACUGGAGCACGCCAUGGAGCUGGCCCUUGCCAUCAUCCUGUUCUCCCUCCUUCCGGGAGCCCCCCAGGAGAGUCCCCCAGCUCUCCCAUCCAACCUCUCCCCGGGGAAUGCCAGUGUGAGAGAUCUGGAUUCAGUGUGUGGGCACCCACAUGUGUCAGGCCGCAUCGUGUCGGGACAGGAUGCCCAGCCGGGCCAGUGGCCAUGGCAGGUCAGCCUGAGAGAGAAUGGACAGCACGUAUGUGGGGGCUCCCUGAUCACCGAGGCCUGGGUGCUGACUGCAGCCCACUGCUUAGACCAGAAACAGCCGCUGUCGGCCUACUUCGUGCUGCUGGGCUCCAUCUCCUCCUACCCGCAGGCCCACGAGCCCCAGGAGCUCCGAGCCGUGGCCCAGGUCGUCACCCAUCCACACUACUCAGAGGAGCAUGGAAGCGGGGACAUUGCCCUGGUGCAGCUGGCCUCGCCUGUCACCUUCAGCGACCUCAUCCUUCCCGUCUGCCUCCCCAGGCCUGGAGACCCCCUGGGUCACGGCACCUGGUGCUGGGUCACAGGCUGGGGGAACAUCGGCACGAAUCUGCAAGCACUGCCUCCACCCUUCGUCCUGCAAGAGCUGCACCUGCCACUCAUUGACGCCCAGACCUGCGACGGCUACUACCAUGAGAAUUCUGGCAGCCCCUGCCAGGAGCCCAUCAUCCUCGAGGACAUGCUCUGUGCCGGCUUCGAGAAUGGCCAGAUGGAUGCCUGCGGGGGUGACUCCGGAGGCCCCCUGGUCUGUGACAUUAACGGCGUCUGGACCCAGGCAGGCAUAGUGAGCUGGGGGUCUGACUGCGGCCUCCCCAAGCGGCCAGGUGUUUACACCAACGUCAGCGUCUACACCACGUGGAUUGGCAGCACAAUCCAGAGCUCAGCCCGAGAUGACCCUGCAAGAAAGUUUGAGAAAGGUUCAACUCCCAGCAUUUACCUGGAGGACAGGUUCGGGGGGCGCCUGGGGCCUGCCACACGGACAGAGUCCGGCUUUGCACUCCUGGAAAGACAAAAGCCAAGGCCAUUUCCCCAGAAGAGUCUGGCCAGGCUGGAGAAGGUGGGCCUUUCCCAUCAGCCCUCUCCCCCAGGGGCGCCUACAGUCCGUACAUCCAGCCUGUGUCGUGGCCUCCUCCUCCGAGUUCCAGAACCGGACCGACUGCUGGGUGACCGGCUGAGGAGACCGUGAGCCAGAAGCCAGAGUCCAGAGGGAGGCCAGCCGGGCCCAGCCUGCAGGCGUGUUGGGGUCACGGAAGGGCUGUGUCAGAAAGGCCUCAGGUGUUUUAUAAAUUGGGAUUUAAUUUCUCAAACCAUGAAAUUCACCCUUUAAAGUAUACAAUUCAGUGGUGUUCAGUAUGUUGACAAAGUCAUGCAACCACCAUCACUCUAAUUGCAGAAGAUUUUUCUAAUCUCAAAAUUCAAUCCCAUAUUUGUCCUAGGGCCCUCCCCCUCUCCACCACCGACAACCACUUACCUGCUUUCUGUCUCUAUGCAUUAACCACUGCAGACACUUCAUAUAAUGUGUAGUCUUUUGUGCCUGGCUUCUCUUACUCACAUAAUAUUUACAAAGUUCACUCAUAUUGUAGCAUGUAUCUGUACUUAAUUCCUAAAUUCUUUUUGAGGUUUAAUCCAUAUAACAUUAAAUUCACCAUUUUGAAGUA